GAGGAUGCUAUUCCCUUUGAGGGAUUAGAUCAUGCGGAGCGAAUGGACUCUCGAUUCCGGGCUCCUUUUGUUGCAUUUGUUGGGGAGCGUGCAUUUCCAGGUGCGACAACGUUAAAUUCUCCCUCUUCUACUUCUGCCACUCCUCCUCCAGCCGAAUUGGCCGUACAACCAGCUUCAUCCCCUGAUCGUCGAAGGAGAUCGGCUUUUCAGAACCGCCCAUCGUCUCCUCUCCCUAAGGAACUAGUGGACCAAUACCCGGCCCCGAUAGAUGACUCUUUUGGAUUGCGGAGCGUUUCUUUCAUGGUUCCAACGAAGUGCCACCUCCUAGCAAAGCCCGUUGGGGUGGCCAACUACAUGAAGCAUGUGGCCACCGAUAAAGACCGGAGGAAGAUGCACAAAGUCUCAUCCGAGUGCGUUAUCAACGCUGGCAUGCAUGCUGCUGCCCAGCCAACCUUCUCUGUGGAAAUGGGCUCCAGAGAAUGAUAGAGGAGAAAACAGAACUUGUGGCUGAGAAGGACAGAUCUGUCGUGGAGCGGAUCCUGGCCGCUGAGGCCAAACUUUCAAAAAUUGAAGAGCUUGAGGCCAAGCUCAAGCAAGUGGAGGCGGAAAAGAAAGCUUACAGCCAACAGGCCGAUCUCCUCCAAACUCAAGUCUUUGAGUGGAAAGGAAAAUGCAGCCAAGCUCAGGACUCACUGAUCAGUAUGGUGGAGCAAGUAUCCGGUCUUGAAGCGGAUGUCCGAGUUCUUAAGGAAUGUCUCCGGGCCAAGACUUAAGAAGUCGAGGCAAUCUAGAAGGAGAACGAGGUGGUGCAAGUCAGAAUGUCCAGUUUGAAAAACCAAGAGAUAUUUAUCAUUUAAUAUCUAUUUUAUCCUUUUAUUAAGUAAUAUUCAUUUCAACGCCGGCUCAAGGGUGAAGCGCCUUAAGCAAUUGCUUUAGACCUCCCCUAAUUGAGGGCCCCAAUUUUCUUUUACGGUUAAUAUUUAAUAAAAAUUGUACUCCUUUUCAAAAAAAGAAGUAUUGUACUCAUAUAAAAUUAUAAAUUAGUGUUAUUAAAAAUAUAUUAAAUUUAUGCUUAUUUUUGAGAAUGCGAUAGAUAUUGUUUAAAUAAUUACUUGAAUUUCAUAAUAAACAUGUAAUAUGGGGGAAACAAAUUUGAUGACGAUAUU